UGGAACGCAAUAAGCUUCCUCAAAUGUUUAUGUAUUCUAAUGACUUUUUAACUUUCCAGAUCUACCAGCGGUUUGAUGCAGAAUCAAUAGUAGAUGUUGAUGAUGCACGUCUUGCCUACUUUUCUCAAAAGGUGUUCCCCAAGAUAAAAGACUCUAUUCAGGGUGGAACCAUGAUAUUUAUAAGCUCUUAUUUUGAGUUUGUACGUCUUCGAAAUUUCUUGAAAUCACAAGAUGCAUCCUUCUGUCUUCUUGGGGAGUACACUAAACAAAGUGAUAUUUCACGUGCACGAGCUUGGUUUUUUCAAGAAAAAAGGAAGAUCAUGCUCUACACGGAGAGAGCCCAUUUCUACCAUAGAUACAAGAUUCGUGGUAUCCAGAAUUUGAUUAUCUAUUCCCUGCCAGAGAGGAAGGAAUUCUAUCCCGAGAUUGUUAAUAUGCUCCAAGGGUCUGAGAAUAUGACAACUACAGUGCUUUUAUCUUGCUUUGAUAUGCUCCGGCUGGAGAGAAUUGUCGGCAGAGGGCCCGCAAAGAGAAUGGCAACUUCAGAUAAGGAUGUUUUUAUCUUUACAUAAAAUUAUUAAGUGAGCUCACACUUGAAACAACUCUUCAAGCAUCGCGGUUCUUGCUACAUAUAAGAGGAGUUGGUAAAGUUCCUAACCAAGAUUUUGCGGUCAAAUUUCUUAUUUCUGGCCCCUAGAGAUUGAUGUAGUGGCAUUGAUCUUAUUAGUUGAAAGAAGAAACUUCUUUGAUAUAGGUACAUGAAUUUUAAGUUAAUUAUUGUUAUUCUUUUUAUUGAACUAUAUUUGUGUAGUACUGAAAGGAGACUUGAGUCGGCAAAUUUAUUAUCGUU